CUACUUUUAAGAGACGUACAACUGUAAAAUGGACAAGCGAUAGUAGUGCAUGUCAUCCCAACCCAAACUGUUCUACUACAAAUGUAGCAUUUACUUCCCACAACAACACUCCCAACUCAUACAACAAAGAAAGUACUCCCACCUUUUUCACGAAAAAAGAAAAAAAAAAUAUGUUGACCUCCAGAUUCACGUGGCUGAUCACGGUGGCACUCACGGCGGCGCUACUGUCGGCAGCCACCACUUCAGCCCAAACGCCGCCGUCGUGUGCUUCUAAGUUAGUGCCAUGUGCACCUUUUCUUAACUCAACUAAACCACCAGCUACUUGCUGUGAUCCACUUAGAGAAGCUGUUACUAAAGAUCUUGACUGUCUUUGCAAGCUUUAUGAAAAUCCAACUUUGUUGCCUUCUCUUGGUAUUAAUGUUACUCAAGCUAUUGGUCUGCCUAAAUAUUGUGAUAUCCCUGGUGAUGUUUCUGCUUGUAAAGCGGCUGCUCCAGGUUCAAGUUCUCCAUCUGAGAAAGCGCCACCAGUCACCACCCCAGCUUCAAAAGAUAAAAACGGUGUGAGCAAAGUCGCAUGGACUGGAAUGUCAAGCUUAGUCGUUCCCAUUGCUUCUUUCGUGCUUGCUUAAUUCACUGAUUGUGUUCUUCAAGUAUUGGGAAAUGUUGAUGAAUUUCUUUGCUUCAGUAGAUGGCACUCCAAGACUUUUUAUCACUUUUAUGUAUGGAAUUUUCCAUUGUAUUAUCUGUUCAGAUGAAUUAAAUUGAUGUACGAGUUGGAGGAGAUAAUUUUAAUUUUCCGCGAUUCUUGCUA